AUGUCGUCUCUUGCCGUCCGCUGCGGGCUGGAGUGGGAGCUCGGCUGGCUCGGGGGCCUCUUCACGGCCGCGGAGCUGGCGGCCGCCGACCUGCUCCUGCAGCUCAGCAGAGACUACGAGGCGGCCGCCGCGGCGUCGAAGGCCACGACCAUCGCCUGGCCGCGCUCGGUGAGCUCGUGCUGCGAGAUCCUCGUCAAGGAAGAGACGGAGCGGAUCGUCGAGGAGACGGCGCCCUUAUCGCUUGGGUCGCGGGCGAGGAGGAGCUCGGCGAGCUCGUGCCCCGAGGACCUCACCGUGGUCGGCGAGGGGGAGCUGGAGCCUCCGCGGAUCUCCAGGGAGACGGCGCCGUCACCGGGGUCGAUGGAGCUGGACAGGAGGGCGAGGAAGAGGUACCGCCUGCUGUCGGAGCUCCACGCCGCCAAGAGACAGGGGAAGGCCGCCGGCCCUGCCGCGAAGAAGAAGAGGAAGAGGCACCACGACGGCGGCGAGUCGGAGUCGCCGUCGUCGGAGGCGACGGGAUACGGAGGCUACUAG